CGUUGAUCGCCGUUAUUGCUUUCCUCUUCGUGCUGCUGAAUAACAUAAACUCGCUGAAUUCUUAAAAGUCCGAAGCAACAACAAAACUCUAUGAAUGAACGAUGUCGUCGGAAUUCCAUAUGACCAAAUCGCCGGAAUUCGAGUUGCAGGUCAUAGUAUACCCAGCGAAAUCCUACUCGGGUCUCAAAUACACGAGGAUGCACAUGCGGGCCAAGAAAAUCGAAAUACAACGGCGAUUGAAAAGAAGGAAUUUAACGGCCUCCAAAAGAACGGCUUUAGCCCAAGCGAUAGUACAAAACGCAGUCUCCCUGCGAGAUUCGUCGGUUUCUUCGUGCGAACCGCUAAAGUUUAGCGUUCCUAGUCCUACGCCCAUCCCCUUCUAUGACUCCGAUUCCAGUCCAUCGGGUAAUCUGUUUAAAGAUCCGCCGGAAAAGAUGCGAGAUCAUACAGCGACUCACAACGAUUCGCAGAUUUGGCAGGACUUUGUCCAAUCCCGCGUGAGGGAAGCUCCGCAUCAUCCACAAACACCCAAAGGUCGACGGCUCCCGGAACUCGAGGAUUUCAGUCCACCCUUAUCAUCGGGGAGAAACCUCUCACCCCCAAAAUCCCCUUCUUCUUAUUCGCAAAGUCCACAUCCGGUGACGCCAGAGACCAAACAGCCUCACUCGAAUGCCACGGAUUGCUCGAUCGUUGAAAAACCUGUUGAGGAACACGUUACUUUUCGUCGACACAAUGAGUCGAUUUCGUCACAAACGAACACAUUCCCUUUCCUCGACGACGGAGUGAAAUCGGAUGGCGCAACGGAGCUGUGGACACAAUUGUGUACUCCAAAUGUUGAAGAACAAAAGCCGUUAAUGCAUGACCAUUUGCAGCCGUCGAGAGCGGGGGAGCGGAGAUGCCCGUACCGAUUCGUUAAAGCCGGCCGCAUCCGCGAACGCAGGAAGGUCCCGGCUUUCGUCAAACUGGGCUCCGUCAGGCUGAACCUGACCAACCGAUCACACAAACGAGACACGGCCGAGCCGUCCGAAGAUCGCGACGACCCUCCAGUUCUCCCCUCUUCUUCAUCGCAUCAUCUGGUCUCCAGCAGCGACGGACUCCCGGUGAACUCUGAGCAGGACGAGGUGGAGGCAGUCGCUCCAUCGGCCCCAGGGGACGCCAGUCCAAGGGAAUUGCACUUGCUGGUGCCGAGGAGCCUCGGCGGGGAAGCCGUUCGUCUGGUGGAGGAGUUCUCGAAGCGGUUCGGGGUGAAGUGGUCGGUACCCGGGGCGUCAUUGGCUGGGGUGACUCACGUGCUCGCCGUGGCCAGAGCUCCGGAGUCCGAUGUCGUGGGGAAGUUGCGGUUCGAGCACCUCCAGGCGGUCGGGUACCGUAAGUACCUCGUAUCGGCGCGUUGGCUGGAGGACAGUCUCGGGGUGGGCCGGCUGCUCGAGGCUGGGCCCUACGAGUUGCGCCUCGGGCCCGAGGUACCGCUACCCGCGGCGAGGGUGGCGCGGGAGAGCGGCAGGCUGCUCCUCGAGGGUGUGGCUGUCGUCUGUGCCCGACCUUUUGGGCGAUUCAGUCAGAGGCAGCUCGAGUUUUAA